AUGGUCGAUGAUUCUCGAACCAACAACAUUCGAAAAAAAAACAAGAGCUCUAUGACAGUGUCCUUGGGUUCUUGGUUCCAAGGCAGUACUGUUCAUGUAACUUGGCUUUUCUCUUUUGACAGCCUGACGGCUUGCAUGAUGGUUACAGUUACAGCGGUAAGUUUUUGUGUUCACCUGUACAGUUUGGGUUACAUGCAAAACGAUCCGCACUUGCCUCGGUUUAUGAGCUAUCUAAGUUUGUUUACAGGAGGUAUGCUGGUUUUGGUGGCGGCCAAUGACUUGGUAACUCUAUUAGUGGGUUGGGAAUUGAUUGGUGUUUGUAGCUAUCUACUAAUUGGGUUUUGGUUUCAUCGCUUAAGUGCAACCAAGGCGGCAAUGAAAGCAGUUUUGGUAAAUCGAGUGAGUGAUACAGCCCUUCUGGUAGGCUUGAUGGGCUUCUGGUGGUAUCUGGGCAGUACGGACUUGUCUUUGCUGGUUGCCACCAGUACAUCUGCCUCUUAUACAGAUUUUCUAUGUGCAAUGAUCCUAGCAGGAGCCUUAGGUAAAUCUGCGCAGAUCGGGUUGCACGUCUGGCUUGCCGACGCCAUGGAAGGUCCAACCCCGGUCAGUGCCCUGAUCCAUGCGGCGACUCUAGUCACCGCGGGAGUUUAUCUGAUUGCGCGAACCAGCUCUGUUUGGGAGUGUAGUGUUUGGGGUCGCAGUGCUUUGGUAUGGGUUGGUGCCUUAACCAGUUUGAUGGCUGCCACAAUGGGUCUGGUUCAAACCGACCUGAAACGUGUUAUUGCUUACUCUACGUGUAGCCAGCUAGGCUAUAUGAUGGUAGCCUUAGGAUUGAGUCAUUAUGGGUUAGCAGUGUAUCACUUAAUGACUCACGCAUGCUUUAAAGCCCUAUUGUUUUUGGGUGCUGGGGUGGCCAUCCACGCCACUGCAGACGUACAAGACUUGCGCAGACAAGCAGGAGGUGGGGCUCACCAAGCAUUACCGUUCACAUGGGCGUGCUUGUUGCUUGGGAGUUUAAGCUUGAUGGGUUGGCCUUUCUUAGCUGGUUACUAUAGUAAGGAUGGGAUUCUUGAAUUGGCAUGGGCCACUCAAGGUGCUGAAGGCGUUUAUUCCCAUUUUAUCUUAAUGGCUGUGGCCGCUUUCACCAGUGCUUAUAGCUUUAAAGUUUUGCUGGCCUCUUUUGUUUUUGCUCCAAAUGCUCGAAAACUCGAGAUCAGCCAUCCAGGUCUUCCUUACACCAUGUGGAUUCCUUUGAUUAUUCUGGCUUUAAUGAGCGUGUUGGCCGGUUACGGGUUCAGCGAUGCUUUGAUUGGGUGGGGAACUUCCUUUUGGAACAUUAGCUUACAAGGAACACCUUCUAAUCUUGAGGCAGUCAGUAGCCAUAUGAUUCCCUUAUGGGUGGCCUGGUUACCUUUUGCCACUGCGUUCAUUGGCCUAGGGUUAGCAUAUUCUUAUGCUUGGCCUAUGCCUUGGUGCGCCGAGGCUUUUCAAAAGAGUUUGGUCUUGUUCUUACAGUCUCGCUGGUUGUUUGAUCAAGUGUGGAAUCAAUGUGUAGCCGCGCCUGUGUUGAACCUGGGUGUCUAUACCUGGAAAUCUCUUGACAAAGGAUUCCUGGAAGUGCUGGGUCCCCGUGGACUUACUCAAGCAGUCAGCGAGUGGGCAGUGCCUUCUCUCAAAAAAUGGCAAAGUGGAGCGGUCCAAGACUACGCCCUUAUGGCCCUAGAGAACAUCGACCAGGGCCUUGAUAACUUUUAA